GUUGGAGUCUGGUUCUGUGGUUUGCGUGUGAAAACGACGAAGAGGAGUGUGUUCGGUUGUUACAUUUGCCAGAUUAUAACUAGUUCAAAUCAGUUUUUUUCAACUUUCUGUACGAUUGUAGGAUUGGAUGAUCAAGGAGAUGGAUACCUUUAUGCUAUUGGUGUGUACAUAUGGAUGUAGUACAACUGUAAUAAAUGUUGCCCGCGCAAUGUGUUAUUCUCGUUUGGUGGAGUGUUUGUGUGAGAAAUGGGAUGAGUUGUCUACUGGUUCUAUUUCAUUGUUCUAUAAACUACCUGGGAUUAAUAAGUGUCAUUUGGACAAUGAGGAAGAAUUUCAGAACAUGGUACUGCUUGCUAAAUCAAUGGGGGUACAACAUGUAGAAGUUGUGGUUGAGUUGAAGGGUGAUAUUUGUCAGUCAAGUAGUUUAGGAUUGCUGCGUGUGGGGGUUGAGGAUGAAAUUGAUGCACUACGGAGAUUUUGCCAUCAUAAGGAGAAGGUGUUGUUGUCAGCCCCUUGGGCAAAUGGUAUUACGCAUGUAGGACAACGGUUUGUUGGAGGUGCACAAGAAUUUCGUGACGUUUUAUGUAAGUAUGCCAUCCAAUGUGGGUUUAAGUUCACAUACGUGAAGAACGAGACAACAAGAGUUACAGCUGUGUGUGCGAUGCGGGAGGAGAGGGGGUGUUUGUGGGCUAUACAUUGUAGAGCACAAUGAGCAAAUGAU